UUAAACAUUUCUCAUAUUUUGAUUUUUGACAGCAAUUUCUUCUAUUUUCAUUGUUACCAAUUUCUUUUCACGGAACGUUUUUCACUUGCAUCGAUUCGGACACAAACGUACAAUUCAAUCUUUCUUCGUGCUGUGCGAUCUGAACUGAGCGGAUGGAAAUGGAUAUGGAUCCCACCGGCUACUCACCGGCCUCCGUUACGAGCGCCGCCUCAACUGCAGCCACUCCUGCCGACCCAUCCGCAGCCGUUGCCUCAUCGAAGCUAAGCCAACUGACGGAGUCUUUGAAACUGGAGCACCAGUUUGUCCGCGUCCCCUUCGAGCACUACAAGAAGAUAGUCCGUUCCAACCACCGUAUCAUUGAGAAGGAAGUUUCAUCCGUUAUUUCGGGCGUCGGAGACGCCGCAGAGUCUGACAUCACCAGCGACGAAGCCACGCAACGCCUGAAUUCUCUUGUCUCCAGGCUGCAAGGGCUUAAACGGAAGUUGGAAGAGGGCAGUCAAAUAGAGGAUAUGCAAGCACAGAGAUGCCGAGCACGGCUGGACCACUUAGAAUCAAUGGACGCAGAAAAUUUAUCAGUUUGGAACCGCAACAGGUUGAACCGUAUACUAGUGGAUUACAUGUUGAGGAUGUCAUACUAUGAUACAGCCACAAAGUUUGCAGAGCUUAGCAAUAUUAAGGAGCUUGUUGAUAUUGAUGUAUUUUAUGAAGCAAAGAAGGUCAUUGAUGCUCUUCACAACAAGGAGGUAGCCCCUGCUUUGGCAUGGUGUGCUGAAAAUAAGGCCAGGCUGAAGAAAUCGAAGAGCAAAUUUGAGUUUCAAUUGAGACUGCAAGAAUUCUUAGAAAUGGUAAGAGCUGAAAACAUGAUGCGAGCUAUUAUGUAUGCCCGGAAGUAUUUGGCACCUUGGGGGUCCACCCAUUUGAAAGAGUUGCAGAGAGUCAUGACCACACUUGCUUUCAAGAGUAAUACUGAAUGCGCAAUAUACAAGGUACUAUUUGAAGCCAAGCAAUGGGAUUACCUAGUUGACCAAUUCAAACAAGAGUUUUGCAAAUUGUAUGGCAUGACUCUUGAGCCUUUGCUGAAUAUAUACCUUCAAGCAGGCCUCUGUGCCCUGAAAACUCCAUUCUGUUACGAAGAUGAUUGUACAAAGGAGGACCCCCUGUCACAGGAAAGUUUCCGCAAAUUAGCACAACCGCUACCAUACUCCAAACAGCGUCAUUCAAAACUUGUUUGCUUUAUUACGAAGGAGUUAAUGGACACUGAAAAUCCUCCACUGGUCUUGCCAAAUGGCUAUGUCUAUAGCAGUAAGGCUCUUGAGGAAAUGGCCAAGAAGAAUGAUGGAAGAAUCACGUGCCCCCGUACUGGCGUUACCUGCAACUACACAGAUCUAACUAAAGCCUAUAUUUCCUAAUGAGUGCAAGCUUCUUCAGACUUCUGCUUGAAAUGAUUUGUGGGAGUCUUCUGGUUUUGAUCUUUUACCGAGUGGCUAUGGGCUAAACAUCACACCUGUACAUACACGCUAUGCAUACUCUGUAAUUAUUUGUUUUUUAUAUACUCUGUAUGUGUUUGUUCUGUAACAGAAAUUGCAUUUUCUGUGAUACUUAUGAUUUAGUGCUUCAGUUAUAUAAUCCAGUAAUAAAAGUAUUCUUCAAUAAACCAUGAAAUUUACCAAUAAUCAAACGGCCUGAGAAUGUAACUCUUUCUAUUUUAACUUGAUGUAUAGUGU